AUGCUUGGUUUCAUUUUAAGGCAGGGAAACCUUUUUGCGGAAAAUGCUGGAUCACUAUACCCAACUACAUCAGCAGCGAUGAUGGCACAAGCUGCUCUGUCAGAUAAAUCACCAGAAGAUCAACUGGAAGAUAUCAAAGGUAUAGCAAGUCAAAUAACAAUGGCAAUUGAGAGUGAAAUGGCAAAUCUUCUAUCUUAUGCUGUCACGACAUACGAUAAAGACACUGGAAAAAAUACUCUACGAAAGAAACGGUCAAUUGAAUCACCUCUAGAUAGCACUCAACUUGUAAUGAGAUUACUGAAACAUAUAAAAUCAAACAACGAUUACCAAAAUAUAGCAAUUGAGAAAAUGAUGAGUGCUCAAGAGAUUGCUGAUAAAUACAACAUUCCAUUUAAAGCUGAUCCUGAAAUUUUAAGUGAUCUUGCAUUGGCUGGUAAUGAGCAGGUUAAGGAACUAACUUCAAUAAUAAAAGAUGCGUGCGACUUGAAAAAUACAUCAAGAUGUGAAUCUCAAGUAAUUAAGAAUUGUCAGGAAUCUAACAAAACAAACAUUGCUGUACCGGCAACAAAAGAAAAAUUCCAGACUCAUGACAAAGAUUUUGCAAGGUAUAACUCUUACUUUUCUGAGUCACAGCCAAUUUCCUGCAGCCCAGUUACGCCAAGGCCUAGCUUUUAUGAUUCUAUAUCGUACAAUCCAAACGAAUACUCUUACUGUCCGAUGGAACAAGUGCCAUCCAAUUUUAUGUUUGACGAACCUGAGGAGUUAGUUGGUGAAGAGAUUGAAGAGACUGUAUCGUCGAAAGUAUUCAUAGAGGAUGAACAGGAACCUGGCACAUCCACAGUCAAUCAUGUUACGCACUACACAAUAACGGAAAAAUCUCACUUCAGGAAGCCACACAUUGAAAAAUUACCAGAACAAAUGCAAUAUUACUUCUUUCUAAUGUAA